AUGGAAGCAGGAGCAAGCACCCUCACUGACGAAGCUCUAGAAGCAACAGAUAAAGAUUGCGCUCCUGGGGGGGACGUCGCGGACACCGAUAGAGCUGACGGAGCUCCUGGCGACGCGGCUGAUGACUCCGCGCAGAAAAAGAGAAAGAAGGCCUUUCGCUUCCUUCCCUCCAGCGACGUCAUUCUGUUAAAGGAGGUGAUCAAGCACACGCCAUGGGCUGCUGGGCACGGCAAAACAGAGGCAGCAUGGGGCAAGGUCGCCAGUGGGAUAAAAGCAGCUCUGCCAUUGUGCACUGCCGACGGCAAAGCGUGUCGUCGUCGCUUUUACACGCUCAUGGAAGUAUUCAAACGAGAGGAGUUGGAGUCGUUAAGGGCAUCAGGUACAACAGAAGACUACGAAGAACGAGAGCAGCUACUUACAGACUGUUUUGAGCUGCAAACGAUAUCUCAGCUCAGACACGGAGUUAGCUACGCCACCUUCAACCAAAAAGAAAAAGCGGUCAAGUACGGAUGCAUUGCUAGGUUUUCUCGAGGACCGCGCUUCAUCGCGCAAUAA